CAUACAUCCUCAUCUUCUUCCUUCUAUCGCCGGCGGUCAUUGCCCAGUCAAGUUUACCAUCAAUGGCUUCUCCUAAAUAUUGGGACCCAUCGUUCACUUCGGUGGCUCUGGUCUUCGUUUGCGCAUUCUUGUUCGUUGGUUGCUUCGCCCUCUACCGCUGCUCGGACAUGGACAUUGCCUCUGGCGACACGACCGGCGCCACCACCAAUUGUUCUUCAAGUGGCCCUCAAGGUAUCGACCCCAAUUUACUCGACACCUUCCCCAUCGUCGUGUAUUCCGCCGCCGUCAGCCACCUCAAAUUUGGGAAAGCCGCCGUGCCGGAGUGUGCUGUGUGCUUGAGCGAAUUCGAUCACCAAGAUACGCUCCGAUUGCUACCCAAUUGUAAUCACGUGUUUCACCUUGAAUGCAUCGACGCCUGGUUGGCCUCUCACGUGACUUGCCCCGUCUGUCGCUCGAGGCUGAAACCGGCGAAGGAGCACCGCAGAGUUGGAAACGAAGUGGUGAUAGUGAUUCCGAAUGAUGCUAUAGACGCAGAUCAGGUGUUAGAUGAAAGUUCUGCGAGUAGAACUGAGCUUAAUUCAGGAUAUGGAAGAAGUUUGGGAAGGUGUCAUUCGACGGGUCACUCUUUGGGUUUGGGUGAAAUCGGAGGGAAGGACACGGAGAGGUGCACUGUGACUUCGCCGGAGGAUGUAAGGAAACAGAUUCCGGUGAAUCUUGGAAAAAUGCGCCGGUCGGCGAGCUACGAUGUGUUCUGUAAUCGGCCGGGUGAAGAGAGCAGUAGAAAGCAUUCUUUUCUUUGAAGGAAACUUCCAUUCGUUUCUUGUGGUAAUAAUGCGUCGUCUUCUUCCUAGUCACUUCACUCACUGUCGUCUGUAAGUGCAACAAUUUGUAAGUCUUGUGAGAAGCAAUUUGGUCAUCAUCCUCGGUGGGAAAUGUAUUUCAA